CAUUGCACAUAAACACCCGAAACAUCGCGCUAACUACCUUUAAUACAGAGAUUGAUUUCAAAUAUACAUAAAUGUAUAGUAAACGUGACCCAUAUAAUACUGAAUCUGACGUCAAGUCAAUGAACGGAUUCAAGUACAGUCUUUGAUCACGUUCGUAUUGGAUAUAAACUACAUAGCCGCGCUCUACCUAUAGUAAUACAGGUAAUCCAAUGCAAGCGAGAGGAAUAAAGUAUUUCAGGAACAAUAAUACAACAAUACAAACACGAUAUUGAGAUUAAUUUUGUUAAGGCUGAUCACGUCAUAAAUGGGCAAUGAAUAAAGUGUUCAGUUCAUAAUUCAAGAACCCGGUUAAUUAACAAGUGUUGGGCAUUUGGAAGUAGUGACGAUGAAAAUGACAUCUACACAACCGGAGAAGUAUCCUCGGAUUCAAGGGAAAGGUCCUAAUGUCGUUACUCCCGUAAUGUAUUACACAAGUCACACUGAAAUGGAGGCAGAAAGGCGGAGUUCGAAUACUAAAGUAGGGUCUGAUAUGGAACUUUGCAAGGACUAUGACGAGCAAGAAAAUACACCAUCGUGCAAGCCUGACGGUGGGCCAGUCAUAGUUCUUAUGAAAUUAUCGAUAUGUUUCCUUGGAGGGAUUGUUUUCGGAUGGGCAUUGGAAAAGACUAGAGUAUUCGAGCCCAGAUCUAUCAGGGGACAAUUUGUAUUUGAGCGCUUUAUAAUGCUGAAGAUGUUCCUGGCAGCGGUGGCUGCGGGACAGCUCUGUAUGGCAGCCCUUUCCGUUCUCCCAUUCACCAAACAGAAGUUUAACCUCUCUAUUGAUGCAUACACCGGCUGUUUUAAAGAGACCAAAGGCUUGUUAACUAGCUCAGUCGGACCAUUCCUCCUUGGCGCUGGUAUGGCAUUAGCUGGUGCCUGCCCAGGAAUGGUGCUUGCUCAAGUAGGGACAUGGACGGUGAACUCAAUAUACACAUUUAUUGGGGCCCUUCUAGGAGCUCUGUUCUAUGGACUUGUUGCACCUUAUGUAGUAAAGCUAACCAAACCAAAGACACCAUUCCAGGCUGCAACAGUCCAUGACAAAUUCAACAUACCAUAUUUCUCCGUAGCGAUCCCCAUGGCUAUACUCCUAUCCAUCGUAGUCUUCAUAUUGGAGUGGUUCAGACCUUGGAAUGGGAACCUAGAAUUAGAUAUUCCAAACAACUCGACAAAUAUAAUGACAGCAAGAGCGUGGCCACCUUUUGUGGGAGGAAUUUUGGUUGGGCUUCUCCAGAUUGUCAUAGUGCUGACUGUCUGUGACACUGUAGGUGGAAGUUCGAGUUACGUUACCAUCGUCUCUCAAUGGGUUAUUACACCGAAACUUCAGGAGAUGUUUCCUUAUUUGGCAAACUCACGAUGUGGUCUUGGUAACUGGUGGCAGGUGCUAUACGUAUUCGGGGCAAUAUUCGGAGGUGGUCUUUCAGCGCUGUCAUCCAACACGCACAGCACUACUCCGGGAGUUCACGUCUCCAUGGCAAUCGUUGGGGGAUUCCUCAUGAUAUUUGGAGCUAGAAUCGGAGCUGGGUGUACUAGUGGUCAUGGCCUGUCUGGAAUGGGAUUGCUUAUCUGGAUGUCGUUUUUGGCAGUGCCAUUUAUGUUUGCCGGAGGAAUCGUAACGACAUUUAUAAUGAGGGCCACCAACAGCUUUGACAAACAAUUGUAUGAUUGGAGUGGGAAUGUGGUGUAAUUAGAACAACCUCUACAUUAUAUACAUGUAUGAAUAAAAUAAAGAGGUAACCAAAGCUUUUAAAACAAAGCUAAGUGCCAGAUCAAGUGAGCCCUUAUUCUUGGUCGAGGCUUAAUCAACCGAUGUUCUUCUGAGAAAAAUAGUUCUCAGCAUGCAAAUGCGUAUUGACUUUACAUGAGAAUAUGCACCAUUCACACGGCCGGGAUAUAAUCAUAUCCCUAUGUUAUCAUUGGGAUAUUUUAAAAUCCUUAUUAUCUCCGAAGAACAAUGAUUGAUUGAGUCUCAACCAGUAAAAUGCUACCGAGUAUGUAUUUAAAAAUUCUAAUUAAUAGGUUGGAAUAGGGGUUCCUAAAGGAUUUUUUGCCCAACCGAGGCUUUUUUAAAAGAUUUGGUUGCCUCACAUCACAUCGGCCUAUGCAAAACAAAGUAUAGUAACCGUGUGCCAACUUAUCUUGCCAGGUGCAUAUUUUGCCAUGUGCCAUAACUACUGUAGUGAUGUCAAUGCUACGUGUUACGUGUACAGUAGUUACAUUGAUGUAAUAGAAACUGUCAUAUUGACCUACAAACCUCUCCAUACGUUUGGCAAUCGGAACUCCCCUUCUGGACCGCGUAUUUAAACCUAACCAUUUAUGGCGAUCAAAUCUGUCAUGAGUUUUAGGAUUGUUAAAAGGAACAUACGAAAGAUUCAAACAUGAACAAGUCUGAUACAAAAAUUCCCGGUUGCCAGACUUAUGGAGGAAAGUGUCCUUUCAGUAGAAAUGGCCCCUCAGGAGAAAUGUAUCUAUAUAAAAUAUAUUUAUUACUUAUUUAUGAUAUAUCUUUAUGAUUGAAAUGUAUGCAAUUUUAAAGAGUGAGUCGCUGCAGCCUUCUUUGGGCCUCGAACCACAAAUGGCAUAUUUUAGUUUUUAAUUUCAAUUUUAAUAGGGUAUUUAAGUUAACGAUGACAAUAGAAACAAUAUUGGCUAAUAUGAACAUUGUAUAUGCUUUGGAGUAACUGAUCAAUAGUUUUGGCAUUAUCGAGAUAUUGAACACUGCAUGAUUUUUCACAUUUUUGUCUUUUAAACUUAGAGUGAUAACACGGACCUACAUUUCUGUACGUCUGUAAAAUUACUUAUAAUUUGAAAAGAUAAUGGUGCAUCUUUUUGGAAUCAUCUUUUUGGAUUAGUACAAAGAUACAUU